AGAGAGAAUCAUUAUUGCAGUUUAUAGCUGGAAGAAUUAAAAAGGGGAGGAGCCUUCACCUCCCUGCUUCUUCCCAGCCGGGAAAGGUGACCAAGAUUGCCCUUCUCCUGUAUAAAAAAUCUGGAGCAGGUCAGAUCAUGCACACAACAUCGUAAAACAAUGCAUCCUCCCAGUGCAUCUGGAAGAAAGCAGGGAGAAGAGAGGAUGGGGCUGUUUCAAUGGUUGUUCCUCUUCUCCCUGUCCCUGACUGCAGCCGCUUCAGACGACUGGUGCUACCAAUCACAGGAGUGUCAGAAUCCAGGAUGUAAAGCGCCCCGCAACUGGGUUGAGAUAAACGAAGAAUGUGGAGGGACGAAUCAGUCCCCCAUCAACAUUGUAACUAGCAAAGUGGAAAACAACUGGAACCUCAAGCCGUUUGAGUACACAAACUACCAUAUCCGCCAGCAAAGUAACUGGAACGUAACCAACACCGGCCAUUCAGUCCAAGUGGAUCUGGAUGGCUCUGCAAAGAUAAGCUCUGGGGAUCUCCCAGGCCUGUACAAGGCCGUUCAAUUUCACUUCCACUGGGGCCGGUGGAACAACGUGAGCAAGGAGAUGGACCCCGGAUCAGAACACAGUAUCAAUGGGGAGCGAUACGCCAUGGAGCUUCACAUAGUCCACAUAAAGGAUGAAUAUGAUUUAUCAGAAGCCGCCCAAAAGAAAGGCCUGGCAGUGUUGGGAUUCUUUAUAGCGAUUGGUGAGAAGAACAAGAAUUAUGAUACUUUCAUUUCAAAGUUAGCAGAUAUUCCCUCCCACGGAAAUAAGACAGAGAUGGCACCUUUGCCCCUGUUUUCUCUCAUCCCUGAAGAGGAGGCUCUCAAAAAUUACUAUCGCUACACUGGAUCUCUGACCACACCUAACUGCAACGAGGGUGUCGUCUGGACCUUAUUUCAGGAGCCCAUUCAACUUAGCUCAGAACAGGUACAAACAUUUGUGCAGAAGAUCUACUUUGACAAGACCAAAAACUUGCCAAUGGAGGAUAACUUUCGGCCCGUUCAACCUGUGGGUAGCCGAAUUGUCUACAAGUCAGACUCAGAUGCCCUUGUGCCUCCCGCAAAGACAUUAGUGCUGCUUCCGGUGGCUGCCUACCUCUUGUUUUCUUCUAUUCAAUGAAGAAUUAGGUUUUGUUUUUAAUUUGCCUCUAAAUCCCAGCGGGAACAGUCUUUGAUGUCAGGAAUGCUGCACACACACACACACAAAUACGCUCUCGAGACUGGAAGCCUCGUCUGGCUGACAGGACUGUAAAGCCGCAGCUAAGAUAUAGAACAAGGAUGGGGCAAUUUCACCAUGCAGUAGAGCCAGAGAUCAGAAACAGGGCGACGGUUGCGGGGAGAGAUUCUACACCGAAUCCUUGAAACACAAAUUUGCAUGCAAAAGAAAAGCACAAGAAGAUUGUAAAAUCAAUUAACCCAAUCAAGUGUACAACACAGCCUUCUCUGAGACUGGUUUGUAAAUGACUUCUUUAUCUGGUUUAUUAUUUCCUUGCACCAAGGUGACGUGAGAAUGGCAAUUACAUUGAUUUUUUUUAAAACAAAUUGGAAACAGGGUCUCUUUAUGCUAGAAACACUGAGUCAUGCUUCCUUUAGAAUAAUCAUUGCUGGAAUGAUGUGUCAUUUUCUAUGUGUUGCCUCAUGCAAGGUGAAUACACCGCUGCUUCCACAAGAACAACAGAAAAAUUAUUUUCUUACUUGCUCUAAUUUAAUAGAAAGAAAGCUUUUUUUUUUAAGCCAAAAAAGAGAGCAAGGGCAUCAAUUAAGAAAUAAAUGAAAUGGAUAUUUAUAUAUUCGAGGUGAAUUCACAAGACUUUAUCUGUAUUUUUAUAUUAUUUAAAAGCUUUGUUGGGGGGUGGCGGUUCCGUUUUGUUUUGGUUGGGGGAGCGCAGAAAUAAAUGAAAUCAUGCAAUUGAA